AAGCAGCAGCCGCUAGAGUUGACUUGGCUCGUUGACUAGGCAGCAAGAAACCCCAUCGCCAAACCAGCUAUUGAUUCCAAAUUUUCAAUGGGUGCCAUAGAAGAGCAUCAGCAUGUGAUUGAAUGAUGAUUGACUAAGUUGAAUCUCUCCUGGAGUCCAGAGAAAGGAGUUCGUUUUAUCGUUCGUUCAACCCUAAAUUGGACAAGAAGAUCAGAAGAAUGGAGUUGUCUUACUUUAAAGGACGAUCUUCCAAGAAAGAAAAACAAAGAUUCUUCGUGGAGAAUGGAGGUUGGGUGCUGGAACAGAUAAUAGUGGACUUCAAUGAAGUAUCGUCCCUUCUCACUUCUCAGAUGCUUCUCUUACCAAGAAAUCAAGAGGGCUACCAACAACUUCGCUCCUGAUGCCAUUUUCAAGGAUUUGAGAUUCUAUAAGAUGUACAGAGGAAUGCACGACGGUCGUGCUAUUGCCGUUAAGAAGUUUGCAGAGAGGAUGGAGAAGUCUGAUCAGACGGAGGAGAUUGCUCUCGACAUCUGCGUCAGUGAGGUGGCGGUGGCAUCCCAAGUGUUCAAGCACAAGAACUUCUUAAAGCUCCUGGGCUACUGCUUGGAAUCCCCAAUCCCCAUCCUCGUCUAUGAAUCUUCUUGCAGCAAUGGAAUUCUCAGAGAUAACAUCUUUCGUAAAUUUACUUCGGCAACUGGGAGAGACGUAAUAUCAUGGGGACAGAGGUUGAGGAUCGCAACCCAGAUAGCUAACGCGGUUGCCUUUCUCCAAACCGCCUUUCCCCGGCCCAUCAUCCAUCCAUUUCUGCAUUCUAAUUUUGUUCACUUAGACCAGAACUUCGUUCCCAAGCUAUCUGAUACUGGAUUCACAUUCUUGAUCCCCAGAGAUAAAACAUACGUUGAGACUGGAUCGAACGAGGAUUUGGAACAUUUAAUUGCUCCGGAGUGCUUGUCAUCUCGUCAUUUGACGGAAAAGAGCGGUGUUUAUGGAUUUGGUGGUGUUUUGCUUGAGAUUUUGACCGGAAAGAUGGCUAUUGCUAGCAAGGAGGUUUUCGGUGCUCUCAGAUGUCUCAGAUAUAAUCCCGAUCAGAGACCCACAAUGACAGAAGUUGCAAAGGAGAUCAGACGAAUUCAAAGCUUACAACCCUCAUAGUCUCGUCAUCUUCUUUUGAUUGGUUCCCUACUUUCAUUAUUCAUCUGUUUCACCGUUCUUCAUCUUUGAAGGCCAUCUCUGAUGCGCUUGAAAGUUGAAACCUUGAAUGAUUUGCCAUGAUUCAAAGCUAAAUG